AAGCCGCUGUAACGGUUUUCUCCGCAUUCAUAUUCGUUUGGCAAGCCACUUAACCGGUCGCGCUGAACGACGACUGAUUAUAAUUUAAUUCUACAUUUAAGCAUAGAAAAAAACUCAAAUCAAAAUGCGUGAGUGCAUCUCUGUACACGUUGGCCAAGCCGGAGUCCAGAUCGGUAAUGCCUGCUGGGAGCUUUACUGCCUGGAGCACGGCAUCCAGCCUGAUGGCCAGAUGCCCACAGACAAGACCAUCGGGGGUGGAGACGAUUCUUUCAACACUUUCUUCAGCGAGACCGGAGCUGGCAAGCACGUACCCCGUGCUGUCUUCGUCGAUCUUGAACCUACUGUUGUUGAUGAGGUCCGCACUGGCACAUACAGACAGUUGUUUCAUCCAGAACAACUUAUUACUGGUAAGGAAGAUGCGGCCAACAACUAUGCCCGUGGUCACUACACCAUUGGAAAGGAAAUCGUAGAUUUGGUUUUGGACAGAAUCCGCAAGCUCGCUGACCAGUGUACCGGUCUGCAAGGAUUCCUGAUCUUCCACUCCUUCGGUGGAGGUACCGGCUCUGGGUUCACUUCCCUAUUGAUGGAGCGUCUCUCCGUUGACUACGGCAAGAAGUCUAAACUGGAGUUCGCCAUCUACCCCGCGCCUCAGGUUUCCACUGCCGUCGUCGAGCCCUACAACUCUAUCCUCACCACCCACACAACCCUUGAGCACUCUGACUGUGCUUUCAUGGUCGACAAUGAAGCCAUCUAUGACAUCUGCCGCCGUAAUCUCGACAUUGAGCGCCCAACCUACACCAACCUGAAUCGUCUCAUCGGACAGAUUGUCUCCUCGAUCACUGCUUCUUUGAGAUUCGACGGCGCUCUGAAUGUGGACCUCACCGAGUUCCAGACUAACUUGGUGCCUUACCCCCGUAUCCACUUCCCACUGGUCACGUACGCGCCAGUCAUCUCUGCCGAGAAGGCCUACCAUGAACAGCUUUCCGUUGCCGAGAUCACAAACGCAUGCUUCGAGCCCGCCAACCAGAUGGUGAAAUGCGACCCCCGUCAUGGCAAGUACAUGGCUUGCUGUAUGCUGUACCGUGGUGACGUCGUACCCAAGGAUGUGAACGCGGCCAUCGCUACCAUCAAAACCAAGCGUACUAUCCAAUUCGUCGACUGGUGUCCAACCGGUUUCAAGGUCGGUAUCAACUACCAGCCACCCACCGUGGUGCCCGGAGGCGACUUGGCCAAGGUUCAACGUGCCGUCUGCAUGUUGUCCAACACCACCGCCAUCGCCGAAGCUUGGGCUCGCCUUGACCACAAGUUCGACCUCAUGUACGCCAAGCGUGCUUUCGUGCACUGGUACGUCGGUGAGGGUAUGGAGGAGGGAGAAUUCUCCGAAGCCCGUGAGGACCUGGCUGCCCUCGAGAAGGAUUACGAAGAAGUCGGUAUGGACUCCGCUGAAGGCGAGGGUGAGGGAGCCGAAGAGUACUAAGCCAAUGAAAUAUCUUUUAUGGCGCACUCGCACCGUUUUACAUUCCGGUGAAAUGAAAUAAAAAAAUGAUGUAUCGAAAA